ACGGCCAACCAGCCGCCAGUUCGUUUCAUCCGCAAAAGUGGUAGCCUGAACCGGUCCUCGAUCGGCCAACUUGUCACCGUGAUCGUCUGUAACAAUGGCUUCUAGCUGGAGCGAUGCAUGGGGGACCGUGAGACGCGCCUUUGGCGAAGACUCCCUACAAUGGCUUGAUAGGUCCUACGUAGUAGAUUGGUCUAUAGCAUCCAUUGCCUGGAUCGUCGCCUGGAUACUCUCCGGUUUGCCUCCGUUCGAGCGGGAGUUCAGCCGUAGCGAUCCCGUGAUAGACCACAAACACAGAUCGAGCCAGAUAAGCGGUGAACUCAAUUGGUCCAUUGCAUUGUUUGUCCCUCUUGCAGUGGUGAUGGCCACCAGCCUCUAUAGACGGUCUGCCGUCGAUUUACAUCAUGGCUGCCUUGCCCUCUUGGCUGGGAGAGGGUUCUCGGAAGUGAUCACAGAAUUCCUCAAAAACAGAGUUGGCCGUCUACGACCAGAUUUCCUCCACCGGUGCAAAUGGGACAAAGACGUCAAAUCAUGUGCAGGGGACCUCGAAACAGUACUCGAUGGACGGCGGUCGUUCCCAUCCGGUCAUUCCUCAACCGCAUUCUCCGGCAUGAUGUUCCUCUCGCUGUUCAUCGCAGGCAUGACAGGAGCAUGGUGCAUCACCCACCCCGCUCCCGCGCGCUCCUUCGUCGCCAGCCGCCUCGCGCGAUUCAUCCUCUCGCUCCUCCCACUCGUGUUCGCCUCCUGGGUCGCGAUCAGCCGCCUCGAGGACAACAAACACCACAAAGAAGACGUCAUAGUUGGCAGCCUGAUUGGUAGCGCGUGCGCCAUCGUGUGUUACCUGACAUACUGGCCCAGCCCGUUCACGCACGGCCGCAACCCCUCCGCAUCCGUGUCCGCGUCUGCCUCGCGCUCCGCCGCGCACGCCCCGAGACUCGUCUAUGUAGACCACGACCGCGACUCUGCAAGACAGCAGAACGGGUAUGACUACGAGCUGGCUGGGAUGGUGCAUGAAAAUGGGGUGGAGUCGGUUUGACCCGACGUAUAUGCUACUGACUUUCGUCCGUGCUGAUGGUUUGAUGAUUCUUCGAUCGAUCGUUGCUUUGGAAGUCGAGAAACUUGUUUACAGGCUGCAUACCCCUUUUCAUUGUGAACACAUGCCAGUUCAUGUAGACCGUUGCCA